UAUACCGCCGUACCUGGACGCUCCGGUCCAUUCAACACGAAACUACGUGAUGAGCAUGGACAACUUGGAAAACGACGAUGCCUUAUUCCUUGCGGAUGCACUUUUGGAUGAGUGUCAGGAGAAUCCAACUGAAGCUACAGGAGUUGCAGCAACCUCAAAAACUGGGACAGAAAAGCUUGUUUGGUUUGAUGAGGACCAGGAAGGGCAGCCUCUCCCAAAAAGGAGGAGAACAGGAGAGAAACGGAAGCGCUGUUCAGCCACUGAUCCCUCGGGAAGCACAGACCCUCCAUCUACUAGUGGACAAGAGACGGAGACUGAGACUGGGACAAUCCAAAACAUAGACUCCCUCCUCCAGGAAGUGCAGAACCUCUUGGGAUGUCCUACUGCAGAACCUCUCCCUUCACACUGGAAGGACAGGCAAACAUCCACCUUGGAAAAGUGGACUUUGUUAAGGCCCUUUAUGGUUAAUCAGAUGUUAUUGUCUGAGAAGCCUAAAGAGGGACUUUGCCAGCACUGCAGACAAAAGACUGCAGUAGUGAGGUGUCAUGAUUGUUUGCCAAGACCACUUUACUGCUUAACGUGUGAUUUUGCCAUUCACAGGUCUAUGGUGCUCCAUAAUAGAGCAUCCAUGGUAGAGGGGUUCUUCAGGCCACUGCCGCCAUCCACCUACAUCAAGGAAGAUGAGGGAGGAACAUUCUCCUACCAUGAAAGAGAAUGUUUUUUACCAAUCGUGCUUCCCUGCUGUGAUUGUUCAUCUGGGAAAAUGACUGUUUCCACCAGAAAGCAGGUCAUUUUGAUUGGAAUGAAUGGGCGAUUCAAUCUGUCCCUCCCACAUGGUAGCUGCUCCUGUGGAAAGACUUGUUCAGUCGACAUUGCUGAUCUAGUUAAAAGUGGGUACUGGCCAGCCACAGUCAAUUUUGAAACGCUGUAUGCAGUGGAUUUGUUCUCUACAUUUGAGGAUCUCAAGGUUGCGGCUCCGGGAAUGUCACGGCAAGCUUUUGUUAGCAUGCUUGAACAUCGAACAAAAGUCUUUGGUCGUAGUGGAAAGAUAUGUGGGGAUACCAUGCAGAAGGCAUUUCUGGAAUGGACCUAUGCCAAGUUUGAGGUUGAGAAGCUGUCUCAGGUGCAGCAUUUUCAGUGCCCUGCAUGCACACCCUCUAUGUUGGCUGUUGCGGUGGAUGGGAACCGUAAACUGUACCGCUUUAAGAGCCAACCAGGACCUGGUGGUUUUUUUGAUGGCGUAUUUCUGGCCAAGGAUUCUAAGGUGUCUUCCUUUGUUGACUACAUCCAUGGGACGACAAAACACAAUCCUGCAAAAGGGCGAUGUGGUACAAGCCAGUGGGCGGCAGCACGAGAAUCCGCAAACAAGUCUGCAAGCAAAGUAGAUGAAGAAGGCGUUGAGGUUGCUGUCUGCCGUCAUGGAUUUUUGCUUACGGGACUGAAUAUGUUCCGUGGAGAAAUAUUUGCCUAUCCCUUAUAUCUACAAAGACAGCUUGCUUCACAGAAUGUGCAGUUUUUUUGCUCUGAUGUGGUGUGCAAAUACUGGCCGUAUCUGCAAAGGGUUGUGCGUCACUGUCCAGAGCUGCAAGAUUUGUUGACCAUGCGUCCAUUUCUCUCCAUCAUGCAUGCUAAAGCACAUUCAUGGAUGUGUGAGUUGCAAUGGGGAGGACGUAAUCAACAAGGAGCCGGGACAACCAUUGGGGAGGAGGUUGAACAGGUCAACAGCUUCCUCUCCCGAGCAGCCAUAUGUUCCAAGUACAUGUCAAAAGCUGUUCGCACAGAUAUACUUACCAUUCAAGCAAUUGGCUGGAACAAGCGGAAAGCAGAAAACCUUGACCGAACAUUGGCCAAAAGAUACAUCAAGACUAUGCAAAGGAUUACAGAAGCCACAAAGGACCUCGAGAACAUCAACACUGAGUUGUCUCUACAGGAAGACACAGUCCAGCAAUGGGUGUCAGAUGUUCAACAGUGGACGACAGGACCAACCAGCCAAAAUGACUUGCAGAAGACCAUUGAAGGACUGUAUCUGAGCCUUAAGCAGCGGAAAUUUCAGCUUUAUCGUCAGUCUGAUGGCAAUAAGCGGAGACAUCAACUCAGGAAAAAGAUUGUUGUUGAAAAGAAAGCCUUGGAGGAUGCCAUCAUUAAACACAAUGCUGCUGUGGAGGAAGCAGACAAACUCCCUCCUCCUAACGAGCUCUUGGCUAAUGACAACUAUUCCUGGCAAUGGGAGUGUCAUGGUGAUAUGGUACAGAAAAAAAAAGUUUACGACAAGGUAAUGCUGCUGUCCAGACUUAAAGAGGAAUCUGUUAUUGUGGUUCGUGAGGUAAAGCAGCACUUGGAGUACAUGAGGAGUAUGGUCAGAGUGAUGGGAGAGCUUUCCUCCCAGCUUUCCUCCCAGCUUUCUGAGGCCAUCGGCGGGCAAGGCAGUACUGAGGCAUUGGCGGAGACGGAGCGAGAGGGUCUACUCUGCGUGCUGAAGAGAAGAUUGCACGAAGUUAAAGCUCAUCAGGCUGCAGCGGGUAGAACAUACCAACACAUUCUUGGGCAGCAAACUACUUUGGAUGACUCCUCCUCUGAAGAGGAAAACUUGGAGAGUAACUCCUCCAGUGAUGAAGAACUGUGACUGCAGUGAUUAGUUCUUCUCAAGUGAAGCUGUACCACUGUGCUCCACCACCACACUCCUUCCCGCAGCCUCCGCUCGUGACGCUGAACCUCCUGUCUCCAUCAGACCAAUCAGCCAACCAGGGGUGCCAGAACAUUCUCCGUAGCUGACCGCUCCCUCUGGACCCCCUUUCCCCAAAUACAUCAGAAUGCACAGAACUGUCCACUUUCAAAUCACUUAUCGAAACCCACUUAUUCAGAACUAAUGAUUGUGUUUUUAUAGUUAUAGUGUGUUUUUAUUUUAACCUGUAUAAAGUGUAGUGAGUAUCUUUAAAAUCCUCAUUUAUU